AUGAAGACCUCCGCAUCCUUGUCCACGCUGGCCGUCGCUGCGCUGGCUUCUGCCAGCCCGGUAACAGUCGAACAACGCCAGAACAACGUCGGAACCGGCCCCUUCGCCCCAGCGGCCUACUACACCUCUGCUGCGCUUGAUGGCCACACCUUCUACGCACCCAAGACCAUCCCCGAAGGCGCCAAGCUCCCCGUCGUGCUCUGGGGUAACGGCGGGUGCUCGGCCGACGCGACAGGGCAGGCGCCUUUCCUGACAGAGCUAGCUUCGCACGGUGUCCUCGUCAUCGCCAGCGGCACCCCGGGCAACGGCGGCAGCACGACGGCCGAGAUCAUGACGCAGUCGAUCGACUUCAUCACCACCAACGCGGGCCAGGGCGACUGGGCCGCCAUUGAUGCGUCACGUAUCACAGCGGCCGGAUGGAGCUGCGGCGGUAUCGAGGCAUACGCGCAAAUUUGGGACGAUCGCGUCCAGAGCAUCGGCAUCUGGAGCUCGGGGCUCCUGACUAACUACACAGCUGCGCAGGACUUCCGCAAGCCCGUCUUCUACUUCUUGGGGGGACAAAGCGACAUCGCGUACCAGAACGGCGAGCGCGACUACGCGGCCAUCCCCUCAGGUAUCCCCAAGUGGAAGGGCAACCUCAACGUCGGCCACGGUGGCACCUACACAGACCCCAACGGCGGCAAGUUUGGCGUCAUUGGCGGCCACUGGGUCGAAUGGGCCCUGCGGGGGAACACUUCGGCUUCAGAGUACCUGACGGGAAGCGGCGCGACGAGCGACGGCUGGUCGGUCGUGUCGGCGGAUCUGGACCAGUUCACCGUCACGCCCAUUGACAGUGCUUAG